GAUUUUGUCCACGGCAUCAUGUCAAGUCUUCACUGAUGUUUCCUUCAAAAGCAGUACUCCAGAAAAGUCUCAAUGGAUCAAGAAAAAGUCGUGCUCCUGUUGAGGGCUGAAGUGGAACGCCUGUCGACAGAGCUGCAGGAGACGACUCAAGAAAAGGUUCAAGCUGCUAAAUAUGGUCUGGUGGUGCUGGAGGAAAAUGCAGACCUCAAGCGGAAAUUUGCAGAUCUGGAGCUAGAGGUAGAAACACAGAGACUGGAGCUGAAGCACAUAAAAGAGGCAUUAGCCGAGUCUUAUAGUAAUCAUAAACGUGCCACAGCCGAUGGGGAAAGCCGGGAGGAAUGCUUACUUCAGGAGACAGCUUCCAAAGAAGCCAAGCUGACAGAGAAAAUUGAAGAUUUACAGACUGACAUUAAGCAGCUGAAAUCCCACCUGAGCAAUACAUCUGCAGAAAAUGACCGCCUCAAUACCAUAAUCCAGGAUCUUAAAAAGGAAUGCAAGUGCAUAGAGACUGAAAAAGCUCAGUUGAAAGAUGAGGUCAAACAGUACAAGGUCAGAGAAAAUCGGCAGCUGCAGGACUGCACAGAACUGGAGGAAGAAAAUAUCUCCUUACAGAAGCAAGUUUCCACUUUGAAAGAGAACCAGGUCGAAUUUGAAUGCCUAAAACAUGAACUGAAGAGAAGAGAGGAAGAAUUUGAAAUACUCAGUGGUCAACUGGAUGAAAUGGCUCGACUGAAGGAAAUUUCUGAGCAGCAGCUGGAGGAGGCACUAGAAUCCCUCAAGAGUGAGCGGGAACAGAAGAAUGAAUUGCGCAAAGAGCUGUCUAGCUACGGUAACUAUGGUUCCCUCAGGAGCCUACAAGUGAACCUGGAGGAUCUGAAUCGGGGUGAUGAAGAUGAACUGGACAGUGGAUACGCUAACGGUGGCUUCAGUAAACUUCUUGGGGAGAACACAGAGUCCAUCCCCGGGGCCAGCAACAGCCUACAACCUGAACCUGCUUUAGUGAGUGACCUCUUCAGUGAGCUCAGUUUUACCGAGAUUCAGAAACUGAAGCAACAGCUUCUCCAGGUUGAUCAAGAAAAGUCAUCUCUGGCAAGUAAUAUACAAGAAUUACAGAAGCAGCUGGAUGGCAGCAAGGAAGCCCUGGCGAAACAACAGGAACAAAAUAGCCACCUGCUUGAACAGCUAAAGGCUCUGGGCAGGCCAUCUGAACCCAGUAAGGUGAAGUUGUCCUGCGUUCAAGAGCAGAAAGAUGGGGAAGAUGGCCAGUGGAUCGAGCUGACCCCUGAGGAACUUAGGAUCAGUCCCCCUAAUUCACAGAUAACUCUCCUAAAGAAAGAACUGGAUGAACUUCAUCAGAAAUACCGCAACAUUGAAGCCACGUACAGAGAGGAGGCAGACAGCUGGAAGGCCGAGUCUCAAGAGCUGGCAGAGAAGGUGAGGUUGUACGUCAGAUUGGGCAGGCAGGACCAAGAGGUCAUUGCUGACCUCGAGAGCGAGCUUCGGGCUUCGAGGAAACAGUCCUCGGACUUUCAGGAAAAACUCAGCCUGGCUCAGGAUGAACUGACAGCCUUUACUGAAGAGCUGGCUAACAUGUAUCACCACAUCUGCGUGUGCAACAAUUUAAUUCCCAAUCGGGUGAUGUUGGACUACUAUAAAGAUGGCCACGCGACCAAAGCCUACGUGAGGAAGAGGAAAUCUUCCGAUCUCUUUGGAAAAAUCUUGUUCUCCCCGGAGACGGGAACUGGGGAAAUGGGUAGUGGUGACCAGUCCCCUUCUUCCUCUUGUGGGUCACCUUGUGGGUCUGAUUUUGGAGACAGCAACAGGGAAACCCUGAAUCUGACCACUCUGACUGCCAUCAUUCGGGACCAGAUAAAGCAUCUCCAGACUGCGUUGGCGGUGUCGUGGCAUCACACCUCCCGAGAAACCAUCUCAUCGGAGCUGGAGAAGGAUAAGGAUGCCCUGGUUGAGGAGAUCAUGAAACUGAAGUCUUUGCUGAGCACAAAGAGAGAGCAAAUCACCACCCUGAGGACUGUCUUAAAGGCAAACAAGCAGACCGCUGAGGUUGCGCUCUCCAAUCUGAAGAGUAAAUACGAGAAUGAAAAGUCUUUAGUGUCAGAAACAAUGAUGAAACUGAGGAAUGAACUGAAGACUUUGAAAGAAGACGCUGCUACAUUUUCCUCCUUAAGGACAAUAUUUGCCAGCAGAUGUGACCAGUAUGUUACCCAGCUGGAUGAAAUGCAAAGGCAGCUUGCCGCAGCUGAAGAUGAAAAGAAAACAUUAAAUUCUUUGCUGAGAAUGGCCAUCCAACAGAAGCUAGCUUUAACCCAUCGUCUGGAGACUCUGGAAAGCAACUGGGCAAAGCCACUUACCAAAUCUAAGUUUAGAAACCUAAAAGUAACUUGAAGCAAGAGGCAGAGACUCAAGUUUUAUCAGCACUGCUCCUUACCAGAGAGGAUCCAGGUCUGCAGAGGAUGGGUUUAGGCAUGAGAUCAAGUAAUUUCAGAUGAAUCUUGUGAAUGAUUGUCAAAGAAAAGUAGUGUCUUCUUCCCCCACGUACAAAAGCAUAUUGUUUAAAGCUUAGAAAAAGUAAAUCCGAAAUACUGCAAAACAGAUGGACAUGUUGAAAAAGGAACCCGGAAGCACUGAGUCUGAUACAAAAUAAAAUUACAUUCCAUUGAAGUCUUUUUUUAUAUUUACUGUCCUGAAAUCUUGGUGCUGAAUAAGAUAGAAGAAAAAAAGCAGAGUGAUGUCUGGAGAAUAUUUCCUAAUAUCCAUUAAUGGUUUCAAUCUGUUCCUUUUCUCGACGCAAGCUAACCUUCCUAAUGAAGGAGCCCCAAGCACAUUCUUUGCCCUGACUAACUGUAGGUUUUUUAAAAAUUUAAAGUGCCUUUACUUCUUAUAUUUCCAAGUAUACUAGUGAGUUUCAGCUAAAUUGGCCUAUACACGGUGCUGUCUGUAUGCAGUAUUGGUUGUUACGUAUAGGGGAUUGCCACGAAAGCACUAUUGCUCUUUAAAAUUUUUAAAUGUGUAUGUUUGUGUGUGUGUGUAUAUACAUAUAUGAUCAAAACAGCAUCUGCCAUUUUGUCAUGUGAGGGGGAAAACCCCUGAGCAAAAAUACGAGUAGCGGGGAAUACUUUGGUGGAUUGUUUAUAAAGAAGGAACGUGCUCUGAUGGGGGCCACUGAGUCUGGCGUGUGGAAUGCUUCUCCCCGAGAUGCCUCCACCUACCUGUUGUUUCCAGGUAAAAUCCAGUGUGAGGGGUGCAGGACAGAAGUGUACACCAUCGCCAGCUCCAGUGCCAUGUGACACACAAUAAGCGACUAAAGCAGUUUGUGGCUGUAAGGACAGACUCGCAGUAACUGCAAACUUGAGUAACAGAAUGGGCUUUUUUUAAAUUCCCAAGGACAAGAUUUUUUAAUCCUCAGUAAGGAUAAGAAGAAGCAGCAGAAAUAAGCAUCAACAGGUUUUGAUAACUAAAGGAAAAGUUCCAGCUGUGGGAUUCUGUAGGGUUGGUGAGAAGUUGUACCUGUCCCUUCUCCCCUUAGGAAGGCAGAGCUGUAAAGUGCACAAGGUCGUAGGAUUGAAGCAAAUGCUAAUCCUCGGUCAUUUUUCGAAGCAAGUGUGGGAGCAGAGCCACUCCUCGAGGUCCCUUCUUGUCUGUUAGGGAGUGCUGGUUCACAGGAGAAUAUUUUUUGGGGCAGGAUGGGGGCAGCAGAAUCUAGCAGCUGGUCUGAAGCACACAUACACACAUCAAAAUAAGCACUUUAAUUGCAGGAAACUUAAAUGUUUCAAAAUGCUUUUUAUUCCUUUCCUUCAUCUCUACUGAUGUGAAAGCGGCAACUGCAGAGAAUGGGGCUCUAGGGUGGGCAGUACGCUCCAAGUUCUCACAAAGCAAUGCCUGUAACUUCUAAAGAGUAAAGGUACUGUUUAACUCGGGGAAAUUGUCUCUAAAAUCCUUGUUUAAAUAGUGAUUAUUUGACUCAUAAUGUAUCUGUCCUGUUAUUAAAAUCAAAAAAGUCCUCAUGCUUUUUCCUAUCAAGUAUAAAGUGUAAAAAUGAAGAUGGUUAUGUCUGGAAAAUAGAAUUUAUAAAUAAAUUACUCUAGACUUCUCAGA